AUGGCGGACCGCGACGGGGGCCUCGACGACUCGGUAUCGCAGAGGAAGAGAAUUGCCGUGGCGUGCGGCCGCUGUCGAAAGAGGAAGAUCCGGUGCAGCGGUGAUGCCGGCAACGGCCAGCCUUGCACCAACUGCAAGAAUGCCUCGCACGCGCCGUGCCAGUUCCUGCGGGUUUCGUCCCAGGAGGUGUCUCAUGUGAAGGGCAACGCCUUUACCUAUAAUGUUGAUGCUUCACGCAUGAUGCACACCCGAGCAUCAUCAGCCGUGUCACCCCUGGGCGUUCCAGCCAACGCCUACCACGAUGGCCUGACGCUCCCUGCAAAUCGAGUCGAGUCUGCGGCCGGGUAUGGUGACAGGCCAUACUAUACCCCGUCUGCGUGGAGCGGCGAGUAUGGCGGCACCGGCGUCGACUACACGAUUUGCCAGCCCGCCUUUCCGGCAUCGGCCAGCGGCUCCUCAUUCGUGACUGGCGCGUAUGCCAUGACGGCCAAUAACACCAGCGUCAAGGCGGACGGCAUGUUGUACCUGGACGCCGGAGCCGCCUAUGGCUACGCUGCGGUGCCCACGGGCGCGGCGUCGGUUUCUCGUCAGUCGCCCGGCUCGGAGACGGGGUUUCCGUAUCAGACGGCGACGCCGGGGCUGUCGAGCUCGGUCAACAGCAGCAACGAGCGCCUGCCCCCAACACCGUCGCGGACCCUGCCCAGCUCUGGUCCCUCGGCCUACCGCGGCGAGGACUAUCGGAAGAGUUCGCAUCUUGCUGCCGGAGACGUCGCAUCUGGGCUAGGCAUCGACGUGUCUGCGGGCUAUCAGGCGUACGAUAAUGCGCCGCUGUCUUACGGCUCGCAGGUUGGCGGGCAACUGGGUCGCUCUGCCGAUCUAUACACGAAUCAGUCUCCCGACGCAACCCACGAAGGCUCUCUGCGGCCGCAAGUUCAUGGAGAGGCCGAGCCCCCUUUCCGCUACGCAGACGGCGCGGCCCAUCGAGACGCGCCCGGCUCCCUGACCGGCGGCCAAUAUUAUCUGUACCACAGACAAGGCCAACAUGGCGACUGCGCACUCUCCACGGACCUGGUGUCGGGGUCGGCCAGCGAUGCGGCUGCUAAAAGCCAGAAGUCACCGGCUCGGAACCGCUAA